UUGGCCACACUUAUUUUAACCGGCUAAUAAUUUUUCCCCCAAUCUUUAUUAAUUUAUUCUUAAUUUGAACGUUAAAAAUGAAGCUUGCUCCGACUGUAAAACUGAACAAUGGCUACGAAAUGCCUGUUCUGGGUCUGGGAACCUACAAUUCCAAGGACAAUGAAGGCGAGGCCGCCGUAAAGCACGCGAUCGAUGUGGGCUAUCGUCAUAUAGACACGGCCUAUUUCUACCAAAACGAAGCCGAGGUUGGCAAGGCGAUUCGCGAUAAAAUUGCAGAGGGAGUGGUCAAGCGGGAGGACAUUUUCCUUGUUACCAAGCUCUGGAAUGUUUUCCACGAUCCUGAACGCGUUGAGGCCAUUUGCCGCAAGCAGUUGAGCAACUUUGGUUUGGACUACAUCGACCUGUACCUGAUGCACAUGCCAGUGGGCUACAAAUACGUUGACGAGAACACCCUCAUGCCUAAGAAUGAGGAGGAUGUGCUCCAGCUGAGCGAUGUCGACUAUCUGGAUACCUACAAGGCCAUGGAAAAGCUGGUGAAACUGGGACUGGUCCGCAGUAUCGGAGUGUCAAACUUCAAUAGCGAGCAGCUGGGACGCGUCUUGGCUAACUGUGAGAUCAAGCCGGUCACCAACCAGGUGGAGUGCUCUCCUGCCCUCAAUCAGAAGGCUUUGACUGCCUUUUGCAAGAAGAACGACGUUACUUUGACGGGCUACACGCCUUUGGGAAAGCCGAAGCCCGAUAUUCAGAAGCCCGACUUUAUCUACUCGCCGGAUGUGGCCGUUAUUGCCAAGAAGUACGGCAAGACUGCCCCGCAGAUUGUCCUGCGCUAUCUGGUUGGCCUCGGCGUAAUCCCCAUUCCCAAGUCAUCGAAUACUAACCGAAUUUCCGAAAACUUUGAUAUCUUCGAUUUUGAACUGACCGCCGAGGAAAUGAGCGUUCUCGAUGGCUUUCACACUGGCGAGCGUGUUGUUCCAUUGAACUUGAUCAAGGGCCUUAACCACAAGUACUAUCCGUUUGCAAUUGAGUUCUAAACCAGGGGCAGGCAGAAUGUCAGAAUACAAAAAUAUAUAAUAAAUUUGUUACGCUAAUGUA